AUGGAUACUAGUUGUGACAGGUCGGCUAACCGAAGUGAGUUUCUGGUCGGUGGAAAGUAUCGUCUGGUGCGUAAAAUUGGUAGUGGGUCGUUCGGUGAUAUUUACCUUGGCAUCAACAUAACGAAUGGCGAGGAAGUGGCCGUCAAGUUGGAAUCGGUCAAAGCUAGACACCCGCAGCUAUUGUACGAAAGUAAAUUGUACAAAAUAUUGCAGGGUGGAAUCGGUAUCCCGCACGCCCGAUGGUAUAACCAAGAAAGAGAUUACAACAUUCUUGUACUGGAUCUUUUAGGACCGAGUCUGGAGGACCUGUUCAACUUCUGUUCCAGGCGAUUCACAAUGAAGACGGUGCUCAUGAUAGCCGACCAGAUGAUCGGUCGAGUCGAAUAUGUUCACAACAAAAACUUCAUACACCGUGACAUCAAGCCCGAUAAUUUUCUGAUGGGCAUCGGUCGACAUUGUAACAGGGUGUUCAUGAUUGAUUUCGGUCUGGCCAAGAAAUAUCGUGAUAGCAGGACACGCCAACAUAUACCUUACCGUGAAGACAAGAAUCUCACCGGGACAGCUCGCUACGCCAGUAUCAAUGCCCACCUGGGAAUUGAACAGAGUAGACGGGACGAUAUGGAGUCCCUUGGGUACGUCCUGAUGUAUUUCAACCGAGGUAGCCUACCCUGGCAGGGAUUGAAAGCUGCUACAAAAAAGCAGAAAUAUGAGAAAAUCAGCGAGAAGAAAAUGUCUACCUGCGUCGAGGUCCUUUGUAAAGGUUUCCCGGCGGAGUUUUCAAUGUACUUGAAUUAUUGUCGUGGGUUGCGCUUCGAGGAAGCCCCCGAUUAUAUGUAUCUUCGACAGCUUUUCCGCAUUCUCUUCCGUACCCUCAACUACCAGUACGACUAUACGUUUGACUGGACAAUGUUGAAACAAAAGGCUACCAGCAAUGUACAACAGCAAACAGUCACACAGGCAGCUGCUCGCUAA